AUGAAGCUUCAAGCCGUAACCCCCGUCAUCCUAACUCUCUUGCCGGUUACCACAGCCUGGGGUACACUAGGCCACACCACAGUUGCGUAUAUCGCCUCCAACCUCGUCACCCCGCCUACGACCCUUUUAUUCCAAGAUCUUUUGUACAACAGCUCCGAACACUAUCUGGCUAGAGUAGCUACCUGGGCGGAUAGUUUCCGUUAUACGAGCGCCGGAAGGUUUAGCGCUAAAUUGCAUUACAUAGACGCACAAGAUGAUCCGCCGGAAAGGUGUGGGGUGCAGAUGAAGAGGGACUGUGGUGAGGGUUGUAUUAUUGGCGGGAUUGGUAAUUAUACGAGAUUAUUACUUGACCCUUCGACACCUAGAGGCUUGAGGAAUAUGGCUGCUAAGUUCAUUGUUCAUUUCCUAGGCGACAUCCACCAGCCGCUCCACACCGAAUCACUUCUUCGGGGUGGCAACUCUAUCGCCGUGCUAUUCAAUACGCACAUAACGAACCUUCACCACGUCUGGGAUACCUCCAUCCCCGAAAGUCAUGUGGGCGGUUAUUCCCUCCCCUUCGCUCAAUCCUGGGCCGCCAAUCUCACAGAUUCUAUUCUUUACGGAAGGUAUAAAACCCAAGCCGAGAGUGAAUGGCUAAAAGGCAUGAGUCUUGGCGAUCCGGAGGGGAGUGCCUUGAUUUGGGCGGGUGAGAGCAAUGCCUUUGUCUGCUCUACUGUCCUGCCCGAGGGGAAAGAGGGUGUGGAGGGUGUGGAGUUGAGUGGGAAGUAUUUUGAGAAUGCGGUGCCAGCCGUCGAGUCGCUCGUUGCUAGGGCUGGUUUUAGGCUCGCCGAGUGGUUGGAUUUGAUAGCUCUGGGUGUAGAGCGAGAUGAGUUGUGA